AAGGAUAACAAAAUAUUGUAUGGAAAAAAAGCAAACACCAAGGGGACCUUGUCAAGAUGGAGCCUGAAGCAUCUGUUGAUAGUAUGCAGGAUUACACUCAUCCUGGUGUCAACAUUGAGCAGCUAGUAAAGGACUUCCUCGAAAAAGAAGGCCAGUCUAGAAUGCGUCAAAGUCAUCUUGAGCUACGUCUUGCUGAAGAGAUCUCGCGAGCCGAGUCAGAGCAGCUUUUUCGUUCUCAAUUGCAGGCUAGGCUUGCAGACACUUAUUUCAUCUACAACCAACUGCAUCUUUACCUUACCCAAGUCUUCCAGGAUCUAGAGAGUAGCCGAAAACAGCAUGCCGCGGAGAAGCGGCGUGUUCUGGAACUGGAGAGUCAUAUGCAAACUUUGAGUAUGCUUAACAAUAGUUUACUCAAAAUGCUGAUGCCGGGUUCUUUGGGAGAUUUCAAUCAUCAAGAUCAGAUACGUGGGUUGUCUUGCGAAAUCUACAGACAACAAUGUGUAAUCGAUGAGCUUCAAAACAUCAAACUAGCACAUGAGUCAACCAUUCAAACUCUACGAUAUACGAUUGAGACGACACUCGGCCACAUUUAUACCCCUCCUGAAAAUAGCGACGAGGAGCGGGAGGAUGAGCGCAGCAGUGAGGGUGAAGAUUGGGGAACUGGUGGGAAUGAGAGCAUCUCAGGGAUGCCUUUAGUGCCUAGUGUUGAGGGAACAGAGACUUAUGCGGUGAUCGAUUGA